CCAAACCGAACUCCAUCUAUAUAUAUGCCCCAGAAGCCUUCUUCCCUCUCCCACUCUAUACAUCGGCAAGAAAGAAACCUAAAAGAAUGUCUGGUGUUUGGGUGUUCAGGAAUGGUGUGGUUCGACUGGUAGAGAACCCUGCGAACGAGCAGUCAUCGACGGUUCGCCGCAAGGUAUUGCUCCACACUCCCACCAACGAGAUCAUCGCCUCCUACGCCUCCCUCGAGCGCAAGCUCAUGAGCUUAGGAUGGGAGAGAUACUACGAUGACCCCGACCUCCUCCAGUUCCACAAGCGCGCGUCUCUUGAUCUCAUCUCAUUGCCCAAGGACUUCAGCCGAUUCAAGUCCAUGCACAUGUACGAUAUCGUUGUCAAGAAUCGCGAAUCCUUUAGGGUCAUUGAUGUGUAGACUACGCAAAGAGAGACUACUACUAAUUCUACUACCAACUUUCCAUGCCUGCAAGUCUUCAAACAACGAGUCGUUUGGUUUUCAGUUUUUCGUCUGUGGUUUGCUUCUGUAAUACUUGGUUGCAUUGCUUGAUGUUAUGGCAAUAGAUGCUGUGGUUUCUUGUGUGUUAAUUUAUUAUCUAUCUA